CUGUAAUAUUUUGAAUGACGUCAUCUCGGCCGUGUUUACAUGAUCAUCGCCAGCUGUUUCGCAGUUGUAAUUCUUUGUUCGUCACUGAAGUAUUUACCUCGAAAAUUGUUGAUUCAGUCGCCCAAAAGCACAUACAUUAGUGUCAAAGCGAUGUUGAAGUUGUACUUAAAUAGAAGGUCAUAUUUUGGCAGCUUUGAAAACACUUAACAGCAGGAACUAUUGGGGAAAUCCUUGGCUUGGACAAUGCUGUGAAAUGAAAAACCGCCAAAACAACAAAUGAGUGACAUUGCAUGUUGACAACAAAAGCGACCGACAUCGUGAAUCAACCAUCACAGAAUUUUGCUGUCUUUGAAACGUGUUGACAAAAAUAUCGUUGAUCACAACCAUGUCCGUGUUCCACCUCACAAGUCGCUUGGUGCAAGCUCAGCAGGCUAGCGCCCCCACUAACCACCCUGAAGAAGAGAGCAUCAAGGCCGGCCGCACCGCGGAAACAGACCUCAUCAAUGCCCUGAGGCAACAAGGCGUACCCUCAUCACAUAUCUUCCGGGGUCUACGAGUGCCGGACGGGUUCCAGACAAGGAAAUACGAAAUUGAUAUUGUGGUUUUGACUGAUUACGGUCUGUUUACCAUCGAAGUGAAGUAUUGGUCUGGCAAGGUCUCCUUGGCCUCCGACGGCAAAUCUUGGAUCCAUCGCAAGUGCACCUACUCCGACAAAAACUCCAGCGUGACCUAUGACGAAAAAUCUGAUGACCUCAUCGCCGAACUCAAACUGAAGACGCAACUUUUGCGGAAUCACCUGUUGCGCAAGGACGUCUGCCUGGCCGAGAAGUACUUCCAUCCCCGCGUCGUGUUCAUGAACAAGAAGAUCGAGAUACAAGACGAGUUGGUCUCUAAGCUGGAGGUGGUGUCGUCACUCCGAUACCAGGCUUUCCUGCAGUCAUUUGAAAAAGGGUUGGGAUGGAGCGUGGCCAGUGCAAUCAUUCCUUCAUUUCUAACUGGCCAGUUAUCAUAUGGUGCAAUGGAGAUGGCUAGGCAAGCUUUGAGUAGCAUCGGCACUUGGGACGUCAUCUGCCUACAUGGAGAUAGACAACUUUAUGGCGACUUCAAGGGUAGUGCCCACUUUUCUCCAAAUCGCGAGGAGACUGGAACAUUGGAGUUCAGCCACCAGCGCAAUGCAUCAGUCUCUUCAUUAUGGGCAGUGCUUGGCUAUUCACCACAGGUUGUGGUCACCAUGCAUAAACGCUGUGGAGGUAGCUGGCUGUGGGGCACCAGUUGUGGAUCGGUAACCAUCCCGUACAAUGCCGAGAUCACUUUCCGAGUGGCAGGGGACCAGGAGGACUCCAAGAUACCGGCCAAUGACAUCCAGUCGAUCAAUCUCAGCAUCUAAAAAGGGUGUUCUGAGCAAUUUUGAGGGGAUUUUUUUUAUUUCUGAGCACUGAACUGAUUUCCUUUGGCAUAUGUAGGACACCAUGCAAGCCAAGAAAAGUUGGGCAAACAAAUUGUUGAUAACAUUUUUGUGCUUAUUUUAUGUGUCGAAUUGAGCAUAUCAUAUCAGAACGGGAGAACAUUUUGAGAACACUUUAUGAGGGGAUUUCCCAGAAAAACUAAUGAAGAUGGGACAAUACCAACUACAGUUAGGAUUGUCCCAACUACAGUUGGGACUUCCCCAACUAUAGUUGGGACCAUUACCAUAGUUGGGACGUAACAUCAUCCUCAUCACAGUCCUUAAUGUCAGUGUUCAUUUAUUGUUGAUAUGGAUUUCUUUGAGGGGACUUAUACUUUUAGAUUUUUGUGGGGCAAUAUAAAAAAAAAAGAAGCCAAAAAUGAUGGUACAAUGAGGUGAUUUGUUGCCCAUCAAACCUGCCAUUGCUGACAUUUUGUAUUUAUUCCAAAUUUAUUUUGUAAUAUUAUUACUGUUAAUUCAAAAAUCUUUUUUGCUGAACCAUUUUUUUCAUAUUUUUUUUUUUUUAUAUACUUUUCAUUUUUAUAUUCAAUGUCUGUGCUCAUCCAAAUUUAUUCUCCAGUUCGCUUUUGCAAUCUUCUUUGGGCACUCAAAUUGAAUUUUUUUUCGUGGCAAAAUGCAGAAAUUUUUAAAAUAGGAUUCUGCCGAUAUGCUGAUAAACUUUAAGCUUACCUGCAAAAAGAAAUGGAAAUUAUUCAAAUUUGUUUUAAUAAUAAGACGUAGUGGCCUGGUCGCGAAAUGUGCUAGCAAAAUGAAUUGUUAGGAACGCACUGAUAAGUUUGUACCUUAAUUGAGGUGUUCUAGUUUUCACUGUGAUUGUUUGGGGUUGAGAGUUAAGAAAAAUUGCCCUGCAUUGGACUUUGUAUUUUUCGAAAAUGUAUUUGAUAGGGAGUGUUUCAGUGGUGUGUAGGUUGUGUGUGCGUACAUGUGUGCCGGGUAUUUGAGAUUUCGGGGGUUAUCAUUUUGAGGCGUUUGAAUUUUAAAUAAUUUUCUCCAUUAGAUUUGUAAAUAUUUAAAAAUAUGUAGACAGUUUUGAAUGUUUUUUUUUAUCGGUGUGAAUGAGCCAUGUUUUCAUACUUUAGAUUUUAGGAUCGUAAAGUAUUCACUAAUGUGUGAUGGUUGUAAUGAGUAACAAGUUAUGUUAAUGUUGUGCUUUCUGUUUUAACAUGUUAAAAAGAAAAUUCAGAUGAUGUGGAUUUCAUAGUCGAGGAUUCAGUGAAAAUGUGUCGGAAAACAAAUCAAGAGUUUGUUUCUGUAGGUGCUUUGUUAAAAUGAACAUGAAAUUUUUCUUGAGUAAUCAAGAUUGUAUUUUUCUAGUCUAGGCCGUGUAAUUGACCGUAAAGUCGGUACAACAUUAUUUGAGAACAUUUAAUAAAUUUGAAAACCAAAAAACAAUCCUGAUAGAUAUUUUCAUUAGAAUACAUAUGUACCUCAGAUGCAAUAGUUAAUUAGUGAAUAUGAAAUGUAGUUUUAUAAAAAUUGUUAAAGUAUAUUUUUGAAGCAUGGCAAAAAAGGGGACAACAACGACAUUGAAUUACUUGCUCAGUAACACAUACAGAAAUUGAAAGAGCAAUACCCAAUUGUUUGUGAGUUCAAGCAUUUCGAACCGAAAAAGCACCAGUAUUUUGACAUAUCUUUAGAAUAUUUGAUGACAAUUUUGAAAUGUAAUCCGUCAUGCAAUUCAACUGUUGAAUAUCACUGAAAGUAUUUCAGGACAAUAUGGCAUUUUUCAUUGGUAUAAGCAGGGUAUUUUGUGGCUUAAGAAGAUUGAAGCAUUGUCAUGACACCUGUAUUCUUUGUUCUUUGUGCUAAAGUAGGUUUGAUCUUACAUCCAGGAAUUUGUUUUUCAGUUCCAAUUUGGCUUCUUUUUCUUGUCUUGCCAUAUUUAUUUAUUGAUUUCAUGUUUAACUUAUCACAGGUUCUUUUUUCUGGAAAUGUUGCAAAAAAGUUGAUUUUAAAAAAAUGAGCACUUUUGAAGACAGGACAAAUUCUGUUACUCUUGCAUUGCUAUUUAUACGGAAGGCACCGUUAUUGGAUUCCAUGUACAAAAAAUUAGUUUUAAAAAUGUAAUGAUUCUGUAAAUAAACGUGAGGAUUUCACUUUUAGGAUUUGUGUGUUUUUUGUACAAAGUUAUUUAUUUGGACGGAAUAAAUAACAGUAUUGAUAAUGA